AAAAAAAUUAGUGUAGAAUUUGGGGGUCAGAGGGAGGUUAAAGGGGAGGGAAGAGAGGGUAAGACGGGCGUGGGCGGCCCUGAGGCUCAGUCAUGCUUGAGGACAUAGAAUACAUUGCUGAGACCUCUAAAACCCAAAAGCCAGCACGCUGGUACACCCGCCUGUGGCGGGCAUGCCUGUGCUGUGGGUGCUUAUGUAACCAAAAGAAGAAACUUCAACCCUGUCUCACUGGCUAUGAGCCUGUGGGGAUACUCCAAAGAGCGGCCAGCACGGGUGACUUGUAUACACUUGAGCAACUCAUCAACUCCAAUCACUUUCACAUUGAUGAAUGUGAUAGGAAGAACAGGACUUCACUGCACUACGCGUGUGCCCACAACCAUGUGGAUGUCGUGACACUGCUACUAGACUACGACUGCAGCAUUGAUAUCCAGGAUGACGAAGGCUGCACACCCUUGAUUAAGGCUGCCCAGGAAGACAAUCUGGGAUGCAUAUGUGUGCUGCUGUGGGUGGGGGCUGAUCCCCACCUGAAAGAUUUUAGUGGGCAUACAGCCCUCCACCAUGCUGUUUUGAGAGGUAACAUUGCCACUGUUGAGAAGUUGCUUGAAUUCAAUGCAGACAUUGAAGCUAAAACAGAGUAUGGCUUAACACCCCUUCAGCUUGCCAUAUGUGAAAAUGACUACCAGAUGGCAGAAUUUUUAACAUCAAAAGGUGCAAAUGCACAUAGUGUAGAUGAUCUGAACAG